ACUUGGCUACUACCUCUUGGUCUAGUAAAACCUACGUACUACUAGCACCACUUCAAACUGGCUCGGCGCACGCGUCCUCUCUCUCCAACCCUAUUCGCCGUCUUUUCUUUAUUCCAAGCUUUGUCCAUUCUUUCUCAAACUCCUCCGAGUCUCCCAUCUCUAUUUGUCCCUUUCCCCUUUGACCUGCUUUCUCAUGACCUCACACUCAUCGGAAUUUUUAAAUUGUUUUUCUUUUUGUUUUUCGUUAAUUUCUACAGUCACUCUGUAAACAAAUUUUGUUUCUUUCCUUCAGUGAAAAGGUUUCAGGUGUUUUUUUUUGUCCCUCUCUCUCUCUCUCUCUCUCUCCCUCUCACCAAAACAAAUUCUGCCUCAUUUGUGUUGAAUUUUGGUUUUUUCUUGGAUGUUUUGAGUUUUGCAUUUUGCAUUUUGCAUUUUGGGUUUUCAGUGAAGGAGGUUACAGGUUGGUUACUCUCUUUCUCUCCCUCUGAGUAAGUGGGUUAGGGUUGGUUUUAUAUGGUGGGUCUAUUUUAGGCCUGAAUUGGGUGGGAAUAGAGCUUUCCCACUUAUCUUUUUGUGAUAUUUAGGCAGUUAUGGUGAGGAAACACGGAUGGCAGUUGCCAGCUCACACCUUUCAGGUUGUUGCAAUAACAGUGUAUUGCUUGUUGGUGGUUGCGUUCUAUGCUUUCUUUGCACCUUUCCUCGGAGGCCGCAUUUGGGAGUACGCUUUGGUUGCCUUCUACUCACCAGUGGCACUACUUGUUUUCGUUCUUUAUGUGCGGGCCACAGCAAUCAAUCCUGCAGAUCCUGGCAUUAUGUUUAAAUUUGGCGGUGAGAUAAUGAAUGUACGUAAUUCAAAGCUUGAAUUACCAACCAAGUCUGGAAAUUUUGACGAACUCGGCACUGCGAUUCAUUCUUCUCCUUCAUCAGCUUCUAGAAGUUCCUUGUCACGAGUAAACUCUAGUAGGAAAGGUUCUAUAGUAGAAGAAAGAAGAACAGAAAUGCAGUUCGAAACCCCUAGUAAGACUACAUUUUGUGAUUGUAUUGGAGGAAUUUGCUGUGGAGUGUUUGUACAUGAAGAUUGCCGCAAAGAAGAUGGGUUAGCUGAUCAACAAGGCACAGGUGAAGAGGCAUUGUACUGCACAUUGUGCGAGGCUGAGGUGCGUAAAUUCAGCAAACACUGUCGUAGUUGCGACAAAUGUGUUGAUGGAUUUGACCACCAUUGCCGCUGGCUGAACAACUGUGUAGGGAGGAAAAACUACAUAACUUUCAUUUCUCUUAUGGCCACCAGUGUUAUUUGGCUUGUUACUGAAGCUGGAGUUGGCAUUGCUGUACUAGUGCGAUGCUUUGUCAAUAAGAGAAGUAUGGAGGCUGCAAUAGUGGAUAGACUGGGGAAUGGUUUCUCUCGUGCUCCAUUUGCAACUGUUGUGGCUGUUUGCACAGCAGUUUCAUUGCUGGCAUGCGUGCCGUUGGGUGAACUUCUCUUCUUCCAUGUUAUACUCAUUCGGAAGGGUAUUACGACAUAUGAAUACGUUGUUGCAAUGAGAACAAUGAGCGAGGCACCCGCAGGGGGAUCCAUGGAUGAAGAACAGCCAACUUUGUUGUAUUCUCCCUCGGGGUCUGCUACAACUGGCUUUAGUGGUGGAAGUUCUUUGGGCCUGCAGUACAAGGGGGCAUGGUGCACCCCUCCUAGGGUUUUUGUCGAUUAUCAGGAAGAAGUUGCACCUCAAUUGCAACCCGGUAUGGUCCCAUCGACAGUGGAUCCAGAUGCAACCGGAAUCAAGAUACCUAAACGCCCUGUUCGCAUAAGUGCCUGGAAGCUCGCAAAGCUAGACUCACACGAAGCCGUUAGAGCUGCAGCCAAAGCCAGGGCAUCUUCCUCCGUACUCCGUCCCAUCGAUAACCGCCAUGUGCCAGAUCCCGAAUUGAGCUCCAGCUGUAACCAGAGUGGCAGAAGCAGUGUGAGCACCGACACGGGAGGAAUUAAAGAGGCCAAGAUUGAGCCGAGAAACUCUUUUGGCUUAAGUCAAGGUAGCCGAGAUGAAUACGAAACCGGCACUCAGAGUGUGAGUAGCUUCAGCAGUCCAAGUCACGUUCACGAAUCGGUCACGCUGAGCCCCCUCCCUCAGGUGGCUCAGAAUUUGAACCACCUUUUAACUGCUUCCACUUCGAAACCUGGGUUUGUCCAAGAUCGUGCUCCGACUUCAAGGGCCGGUUUCCCUCGGAUCAACCCUACAGUGUCCCAUUCUACUUCUGCGUUUGAUGAAAGGAUCAUGCAAAGGGAUAGUAACGCUAGCGAUGAUCCAUGGUCGAACCUCCCAGCACCAGCACCAGCUACUAGUAAUCUUCUGAGAGAGGUUAAAAGGACGUCGGUUGUGUGGGACCAAGAGGCUGGAAGGUAUGUGUCGGUUCCUGUAUCUGCUUUAGAACCCCGAAACAGACCAGCCUUUCCGACUGGAGUAGUAGUGUCGUCAAACCCUCUUAAUUCUGAAAUAGCAACGCAUAGCUCUGAUAUAAGGCCUGUUUUGCCUCGAGAACAACCCUCCUCUUCUUUGGCAACGGUGCCUCCAUUAGAGCAGUCGGAGAAGCUGCUUUACACAGGCGAGUCUAUUUUCUUCGGGGGGCCACUUCUGAGUGCCCCUUCGAGGGAUGGGAAUUCAACUCUGAGACACGGCCAAGAUAGAGCCGGACUUAACUUGCCUCGGGAAUCCAGAUUCAAGAGGGAUUCGGCAUCUAAUCAGCUCCCCAUUUUCGUCCCAGGGGAUUUGAAGUAGAAGCGCUUUGCUCGUUUAUGACCCAAAACACGUGCUGGAAGAAAUGUUUGUGGGUUUCUGGUGUGGAAACCUCUGAUGGGAGCUCUGCUUUAACGCCCUCAGAAGCUUGAAUCCAUAAAAGAGCAACAAUCUUGCUGAAUUUGCCAGGUUCCGGUGGUUUCUUCUUACAGAAUUUUCUGAAUAACACGUCGGUGAUAGUGCGCCUCUGUAAAUGAGAUUCGCCCGACAAUUUACACUCCAUCCAGUAUGUUGGCUGAAGGAUUCUGCCUGAAUUCUUUUGACUCGCCAUCACCGGGCUUCAUAUGUAGUUUCGAAAUUUUUUUUGUACCUUUUUUUUUCUUCAUUAUAUAGUUUUGGGGUCGUCCAUUUAUGAACAUCUCCUCCGCGCCUUCCACACGCUUGCGUGCGCACACGUCACCAAUCUAGCUUCAUAUAUAGCUCCGAUUUCUGAAGAACUUUUUUUUGUACUUUUUCUUUUUCUUUAUAGUUUUUGAGUCGUCCAAUAACUUUCAUUAUUCAUUUAUGAAUUAUGACUAUUUUCUCCGCGUCUUA